CACAGUAUUGAGACCACUGUCGGUCCAAGUGUGCGCGGCAUCAACCCUCGGUAGAACCCACGGGAGGUGAUUCGACCACCAAAUUACAGGAUGAGGUCGUUAGCGCUUUUGACGAUAUUCGGAUUUGUGGCGGCAGUUUUAGGUGGAGCAAUUCUAGAUAAGGAAAACAAAGACACAUCUCUGCAGGAGAAACAAGAAACAGAUGAUGUACAGAGGGUAAAACGCGGCUUCCACCAUCAACCAGAGGGUGUUUGGAAGAAGAAGCUUGUGUGGAAGGAAGAUUGGGUACAAAUUUGGCGAACAGAAAAGAAACAAGCUUGGAAGCAGGAAUGGAAGAAAAUACAAGUUCCAAUUUGGAAGACCAUUGAAGUUCCCAUAUGGAAGGAAAUUCAAGUACCAGAUUGGAAAAUACAAAAAGUUCCUGCAUGGAAGGAGGUUCAAGUGCCAAUUUGGAAGGAAGAAAAAGUGCCAGAUUGGAAGAAAAUAACCAAACCAAUUUGGAAGGAAAUUCAAGUGCCAGUUUGGAAGGAAAUCCAGGUGCCAGACUGGAAGCAAAUUUGGGUACCAGAAUGGGUUAAAGUCGGAAUUCCUGGUGAGAAGUAUCUUGGAAAAGAUCACCAUGGAUGGGAAUACACUAGUCACGAUCUGUGGAAGAAAAAACUAAUCUGGAAACCGCAAUGGAAGAAAAUUUGGCGUACGGAGAAAAAGCAAGAAUGGGUACCCGAGAAAAAGCUUGAAUGGAAGGAAGAGUGGGUACAGAUUUGGAAAUCAGUAAAGAAACAAGCAUGGAUCACUAAGAAGGAGCAAAUUUGGAAAGAGGAAAAAAUACAAAUUUGGCGCACAGAGAAGAAACAAGAGUGGGUUCAGGAGAAGAAGUUAGCCUGGAAGGAUGAAUGGAAGUCGAUUCAAGUGCCAAUUUGGAAGGAAAUUCAGGUGCCAGCGUGGAAGAAGGUGUGGAAACCGGUGUGGGAAAAGGUUUGGGUACCUGUUAGCCACGGUUGGGAUUAGUAUCUUAAGUUGAAAGCAAGAAAAUUUGUUAUCAAUAGAUCUCGUUAGACAAAUCUCUCAAAUAUGGCAAUGUUAGUCUUUCUUGUAAAUAUAUUUACCUACUUCCCUUUACUUUGUUACGUUUGCUAUGUAUUUGUGAGAAUCAAUAUCUCUCGAGGUUCCAAAGGAAGAAAAAUUGUAUUCAGUGUCAUCUGAUCAUUAUAAUACUCAUUAAAUUUUCUCUCCCUCUUGAUAUACAUUUUAAUACACCAAUAAUACAAUACAAUUGCGUCGAAAGAAAUAAUUAUUUGAAAUGCCAGUUCAAUCAAUCACAGUAUAUCUAUUUCCGCCAAAUAAACAUUGUUCUUACUACGACCAAUAAAACUGACUGAAAGAAAUUAUUAAUACUGGAACGAGAAAGAGAGAGAGAGAAAACUAUCCCGAAGCAGAUCAUUGAAUAAUGUUUUAUUUUUAUUUUGUAAAUAAAUGUAUAAUAUACAUUAUAUCUUACCUACCUGAGAAAUAAACCAAUUUUCUAUCAAA